GCUCUCAGCGGCGCGGAGCCUCUUUCCUCUAACACAUUACUAUCAAUCUUAUUUGUGGUUGGAUAGUACGAUUAAAGUGAAAUGUAUUUAACUAACUGUCAAUGCGUGUUUCUCUCGAUUUUUUCUCUGGCAUUUGUGAUUUAUGUCGCGUUGGUCAACCUCGGUUUCCCGAUCUAUGAGUGCAAGUCCUCGCCAACUCUGGAAUAUUGCGUCGAAAUGCAUUUUGAAAAAGCCAAGGAAAUGUGUACCAACGUGUUUGAGAGUAGUUCACCUGCGGCUUCAUCGACGCCAAUUUUAAUUCAAGAUAAUACUAAUAAUACAACAACACUAAUGAUCAGUUCAACCACUACACUUUCAACGCAGCCUGUUUCAACUUCAACCACUAGCCCAGAAACAGCUGGAACAGCCACCCGGUCAUUUGACAUCAGGGAAAACAACCCUUGGUGGACAUGCCCUGAGCCCGGCAAAGGAAGAGGUAGUAUUAUCAUGAGUGCCCUUGUGGACGGUCGUCUCGGAAACGUGGUUUGGUCCUAUUUAUCAGUUUUACUGACGGCCCAAAUUUACGGCUUAAGGCCGGUGCUGCACAACUCGACCAUCAGAUUCUUGGUGAGAGACGCUUUUGACAUAGACCAUAUUCGAAUGCCGACACUCGAGUGGCUGGACCAAAAGUGCAACAUGUCCGGGUGGCUGGACAAGGCAGUGCGAAACGUAUCCCUUUGCAAAACAUUUUAUUCGCGCAGAGAACUGCAUCAAGCACUAGAAAAACCUCCGGAAAAAGGAAUAGAAAUGUACAGAUACAGCUACUUUGUGACUACGACAGAGAUGCUGGUGCCUUAUUUUUACGAAAUGAAGAAAGAGCUGGUUUUGCAAAAGGACAAAAUUAUUUUGGCCCAGAAACACCUGCAUGACGUUGGCACCAGUUUCUUGCAGCACCUGAAAAAUAAAAAUACAAGCACAACUGAUUUUGAAUUUGUCGGCGUCCACGUUAGACGUACUGACUUUUUACAUCACAUGGAUGUUAUCUUCCCCCUUGGGAAAGUUGCCACCCCGAAAUUUUUCCACACGGCCAUGGAGUGGCUACUUAAGGAAUUAAGCAAGCCGCUGGUGUUUGUCGUGGUUAGCGAUGACCGCAACUGGACGCAAGCCAACAUAGUCGCCGAAAGAAAAGACGUUUAUCUUGGAGGAAACGGUGAUAUUUCCAAUCCUGGAGUGGAUUUGGCUAUUCUCGCUGCGUGCAAUCACACAAUAUUUGCUUAUGGCACGUUUGGUCUCACUGGAGCUUUUUUGGCAAGCAGACCUGGUGGCUACGCAAUUGUUUUUGACCCUGAGAAUAGAACUGCCACGAAGGAAAUGGAGUUUGCUGCGAAUUUACCGGGUUGGCGGAUAAUGACGGAAGAUGGCAAUCUCACCUAUAGAGAAAAUACUGUUAAUUACCGAUACUAUUUACAUCCUAUUAUUCAAGUUGGCAAGAAUACGCGAUAAAAAAAUAUUCCUGUGAAAAACAAGAUGUCUUAAUCCAGAUGAAUUAUUGUUAAAUUUAAAAAAAAUCAUCUACGUAAAAUUGCCCGAUGUUUAGACAAAUUGCAUGUUGAAUUGUGCAUUAAUUUGCUAUGACCGUUGAAAUUUACUGUUUUUUAAUGUUUGUCGGCGGUGACGUGCGUGCUACAUGACCUUCAGCAUCGCUGAUUGAUUAGAGGUUUUUUGUCAGAGGUGCGCUUUAGUGAUUCGCUUCACGUUUCCAGGAAAAAUCUGGAACCGUGAUAGCGAUUCAGGCCUUCCCCUCACAUGACUUGGCAAAAAACAAUUGUGUGUGAUUUCCCAUUUCUCUGGUUUCAUGUCAACUGACAUCACUGCCACUGUAUUCUUUGACAAAUCAAAACAAUUUUAAAAACAAGUGAUUUUGCUUAUCUUUAAAUAUAAACUCCUGGUGUUUAAUUCGCAUCGCAAGUAUGGUACCGUGGUUAGUGGCCGUUCACUUAAGCAUCUGAACAACUUUGUAACGAACAUUCAUAGAGAAAUAGCAACAGAAUUGCAAAAACUACCAACCGUUAGACUCGUCUUGACCUCCACUAACCAGCCAAAGUACUUAGGGGGUGCAACCCCAUCCCCCUUCAACCCCAUAGCUACAAUUUUGACAGAAAAAUUAUUAGCAUGCUUCCUCUGCUGGGAUUAAAAAUAUUUUAAACUAUAAAUCGACUCUAGGGGUGUAGUCCUCAUUUUGGCCGGACAAAAGCGCUUGCCGGAGAUACCAGCAGGCACCAUAUUAUCACGAUAUGACAAUCAACUUUUUGAUAGCCAGGGAAAAUGAAUACAUUUUUUACCAGUUUAGAACAGCGUGAGGCAAAAUGCAAAGCAAACAGUGCGUUUUUCUCUCAAUUUUUACCUUUGCCGCUAUUGUUUACACUGCAUUAAUUAACCUCGACUUUACGACUAAUGGUUGCAACUACAAGCCAACCCUGGAAUACUGCGUCAAAAUACAUAAUAAAAAAAUUAAAGAAAAGUUAGGCGGACUAUUAGUGAGGAGCACUGCUGGCAUUGAUACAAACUUGACUUUAAUUUCAAAAGAGACAACCCAGAUGAGCAGUUCGACCACGUCAACAAGCACAAAAACAUUUUCCACGGAAUCAGCGCAAAUUUCGUUUUCCCCUACCAUUUCAGGUGAAACCACAACCGGAUCAAACAUCCCUUCGACCCUUUCAAAAGCCACAAUGAGUUCGAAUGCAAGCACCUUAUCCGCUCCGCCAUUUAACAUUAGGGAAAACAACCCUUGGUGGACGUGCCCUGAGCCCGGCAAAGGAAGGCAAAGUGUCAUUCUCAGUGCUCUCGUGGACGGCCGGCUCGGCAACGUGGUUUGGUCGUACUUAUCAGUCUUGGUGACGGCUCGCAUUUACGGCCUCAGGCCGGUGCUGCACAAUGCGACCAUCGGCUUCUUAGUGAAACAUGCAUUCGACGUCGAUCAUAUUCGAAUGCCGACACUCGACUGGAUGGACAAAGAGUGCAAUAUGUCUGGUUGGCUGGAAACAGCAUUGCGAAACGUGACCAUGUGCAAAACGAUAAAUUCACGCAGGAACUUGCACGACGCUCUAGAAAAACCUCCAAAAGUUGGCUUGGAGAUUUACAGAUACGUCUACUUUGUGACAACUACGGAAUUCUUAGUGCCAAAUUUUUACGAGUUAAAAAAAGAAUUAGUUUUGCAAAAAGAUAAAGUACAAGUGGCACAAAAAAAUCUCCAUGAAGUAAAGGAACGCUUUUCGGGGUAUUUGAAACAUCGAGGGUUCAGCAGAACCGACUUUGAGUUCGUCGGCGUCCAUGUGAGGCGCACUGACUAUUUGCACCAUAUGGACGCCAUUCACCACUUUGGGAAGGUAGCCACUCCAAAAUUUUUCCACACAGCCAUGGACUGGCUUGUAAAGGAAUUAAGCACGCCGUUGGUGUUCGUCGUGGUCAGCGAUGACCGCAACUGGACGAAAGCCAACAUUGUCGCAGAUAGACAAGACGUCUAUCUUACCGGUAUUGCCAUCAGCUUUAAUAAAUCAUUCGUUUCGGUUUUAUUUUUU